AUGCAGGAGGGAAGCGAUAACGCAGGGCAGAUUGUGGUAGCAGCAGCGACCAAGAUCAGUAGAAUUGCGGAAGACGUGCUCGCUCAGGGUACACUCCGCUAUAGGCAGAUGCACAUUAUCACAAGCCUAUUUGCUGCCUUCUGUGUUCACACAAUCGGCAUCAAACGAAAUCAGAAAAUGCUUCGACGCAUUGCUGAGAACCGUACGCAAAUAUGCCUUCUGGGCCUACAAGAAAUACGAAAGUAUUGGAGAAUCAACAACAAUGUGUCGAAUCUUUUCCUUCAAUACCUCGACGUAUCUAUAGCACAAAAGCUACACGGGACCUCUCACACACAAAACACAACCCAUUCGAGCAAUAAUUAUUUCGCAUCGGGCGAACAGCUAGGCGGUGGCAUGGACGGGAACCACCCAGGAGGUGGACUUUUGAGCGGCUUCCUAGGCCCUCAAAACCUACAGUCGCAAUAA